UAGAGGGUGAGAAAGAGAUGCUGCGUUGCAUUUGUGUCCUUAAGAGAGAGAGAAUGGUUGUGAUGAAGGAAGUGUGCAGUAGAACUGGCAGCAUCUCCUGAAGGAGAGGGAACAGAGGGGAAGCGGUUAUCUCUCCCUCCUCCUGGAUUAAGGGUUUCUCUAAGCCGGGCUGGGAGCUGCCACUUCUGGUUCCUUCAUUUUGGUCUCUCCUCUCUGUCACUCAUAUAGGCUGGCAGCGCUGUUCCUCUCUGUCUGUUUGGGUGAACGUGCUUCAGUCUCCCUGUCCCCUGCUGACUCGGGCGGCUGUUCUUCCGACGGGCACAGCGGAGCUAGCCUUGGCCGUCAGCCUUUAGCCUCAGGUCCUUUAUUUCCACAACACCCCCGCCUCCAGCAGCUAGCGCUGGGGGGGGGGUCAUCCUGCCUGUCGCCUGGUGGGGUGGGUCAAACAGGGUGCUGGGACGUAGUGAUGCCAGGGCCCUACAGGAGAAGUCAGGAGCGCAAGGAGAGGCUCAGGAAGGGGGCCUGUCGCUCUGCCAUCCCAGCCCUCUUCACCAUCACUGAGGAAGAGGAGGGACACAGAGGAGCACGGAGGAGGCAGCGAGUCUCUGACUCACAGAACCAGACAGCGGAGAGAAGAGCGUCCAGUGGACCUGAUUCUUCAUCAUCAGGCCAGGCCCUGUCCAACACUCCUGCCCUGACACUCUCUCCAACACCUACUCCCAGCCACAAUGCUGCUAACAAACCAGAGCUGCUGGUCCUCAAGGUCGAUGAGAGACAGAGGAUGGCCCGGGAACGUCGCGAGGAGAAGGAGAAACAGAUUGCUGCGAGAGAGUUGGCGUGGCAGGAGAAAGAGGAGAAGGCCAAGCAGUACUAUGAGAAGCACUUAGAGGAGCGGAGGAGGAGGCUGGAGGAGCAGAGGAUGAAGGAGGACAAGAGACGAGCAGCUGUGGAGGAGAAGAGACGCCACAAAUUGGAGGAGGAGAAAGCCCGCCAUGAAGCGGUUCUCCGUCGGACAGUGGAGAGGAGUCAAAGAGCUAAACAGAACCGCUGGUCCUGGGGCGGGGCCCUGCCCGUGAACACGCCCACCACACCCCGGGGUUUUGUCGAGUCGUCUUUUCUCUAUCCCCUCGACCUAGCAGGCCUGGAGCACCACCUCCAGGGUGCUUUCAGUGUCUACCGCCGAUACGGCCUGAGCCACCAAUAUGCUGAAAGGCGGUCUGUGUCGACUAUGAAUCUCUCCAAACACCCAGCUGAUCAGGUCAUAACCAAGAGACUGUCCUACUCUUCUGCAACAUUAUUACACUCUCCUGACCGAGCAUUGCAGAAGAGGACCUCAUCUUCACCCUUCCUUAGCAAAUCACAGUCCAAACUCCGCCCAUCAGGGGGAAAGGCCACAAAUGACAGUCCUGCAGGCAUGCGUCGUAUGCCGUUGACCCCUUGGGAGAACACAGUGGUUAGUCGUCUGCUUCAGCCAACACACUCCUACCUGGCACGCAGCCGGAGCGCAGUCAGCCUGUCAGGAGACGCAGCCCUUCCUGUGUGUCCUCGCUCAGUGUCUUGCCACCCAAUGGGAUCCACUUCCUUUAAGUCCAUCCAAUCCCAACCUCUGGCUCCUUGCCGCAACCAUGAGCCACGGCUCCCCAAGGACGUGACCAACCGGAGGAAGACCACGGGAAACCUGCUGGAAAAGCAUAAGGACUUUGUCAGGAAGUCUUGGACCAACCUGUCACUCCCUCUGACCACUCCCCCUCGGAAUCUGCCACCUGCCAAGAGGUCCCAGUCACCAGGGAAACAGCAGAGCAGAGUGACAGCGCCCUCACCUGGAAGACCUCGUCAGAAACCGUCUCCUCGCCCCCCCCCCCCGAAGCAGCUGCAUUCUCCCAGUGGAGAGGAUGUAGGGAACCUGAGGCCCAGCAGGGUGGCGCCAGAGAGCUUCUCUCUGAUUGGACCACAGCCAGGAGGAGGACCUGAGGGAGACCAGGCGGGUUUAACUCCUUCUCCCAUGCAGCCCCGCCCCCAAACCCAGGGCCAACUGAAAGCCAGCCUCCACACAGACACUGAUGACACAACAGUCAACCAGUGUGUGGACAGUCCUCCAGCCCAAAGGCCUACAACAGGCACCACUGACCCAGAGGAGGCCACUCGUAUCUUGGCUGAGAAACGAAGACAAGCCCGGGAACAGAGGGAGAAAGAGGAGCAGGAGAGGAGAGAACAGGAAGAACAGGAGAGGCGUGGCAAAGAGGAGAUGGCCCGGCGUAAGGCAGAGGAGCGACAGAGGAGAGAGGAGGAGGCCCAACGGCAGGCGGAGGAAAAGAAUAGAAGGGAGGAGGAGGAGCGACAAGAGGAGGAGAAGAGGGUUCAGCAGCAGGAGGAGGAGGAGGCACAGAGACAACAACAACUGAGAGACGAGGAGGAGUAUCGUCAGAAGGAGGAGGCAGAGAAACUGAGGAUGGAGAGAGAAAAGCACUUUCAGAAAGAAGAGGCAGAAAGAAUGGAGAGGAAGAAGCGUCUGGAGGAGAUCAUGAAAAGGACGCGUCGCUCAGACCCAGCUGAGAAGAAAACCAACCCUCCGAAGACUGGAGAUCAAUCAGCGCCGCCCCCUUCAGUGAGUUUGUCAGAGGCAGAGGUCGAGCACAGUGACAGUAAUGGGCACGGAGCUCCUGACCCCAACCGUGACCUCAAUAUAUCAAUGCUGCCCCCUACUGAGGAGAGCGAGGACGGGUCGUUUGAGGAGGUGCUGUUUCUCCCAUCGGAGUCCAGACCACCACCUUCUGGUGAGGAGGAUGAGGAGCAUGACCACCACCUCCCUGUCAUCGCCUUUCGUGAAAACGGCAUCGUCAAGCCAAUGAGUGGGGGAACAGACAACGUGUCACUACAACACAGGGCAGAUGUUGUCUGAUGAUUGGAAACCGAAGGAGAUGGAGGUGGACGGAUGGAGGUGGACAGCCACGGACCGUAAGAGGAACCGUUCACAACUCAACCCACCCCCACAACCAUCCACCAGCCCCCUGUAUGACAGAGACCCAGUUAUGGGUCAAACCAUUAUUUGACUGUAAUGGGGGUGGGGGGGGUUCAGGUGAUUGCUGCGACCUGUUCUGAGAUCAGUCAUCUAAUCUUAUACUUGAAGAAUUCCUAUUGCUGUAGAGAUAAUAGGCCACACCCUAGAUGGGUCUCUUUCCCCUCUAAGAAGUAGUGAAGUAUGUAGGGAAUAGUGUUCCAUUUGUGUCGGCGAUUCAAAGGUGGAUGACCACAGGAAGGGUGUAUCGUUGAGUUUAAGUUAAACAAAAGGUUUGUUUCCUCUCAGUAAAACACAAAUACACUGUACGCUACUGAUUUAAUCAUGUUUAGUUUUAUAAUUACUGCUGUGAAGAUAGUGAUUACUUUUCUGUUUUUAUUAAUGUAGAGCAUAGAUCUGUCUACUUUUGUUCCUAUGAUUCUGAGAUUGGUUGACCUCUGCACCCAAAGGACCCGCCCAUGUCUCACAGUAUCUGUCAGAUGAUUGGCUUCUCUGUCAAAAGCUGGACAUUGUUUAAAUCCUAUCAACCAAUCCACACAUCGUCAGGACAUCAUCCUGUCGUCUGAAGGACAUUUGGUCCAUGAAGGAAGGAGAUGAAUGUCUGUUGUUUGGGUCAAAAAGCCACAAGAGGGAUUCAAUAUUGAACAUUCAUUGACAAAGAAUCACUCCCCUUACAUAAUGUGUAUCUGGGUGUGGUGUGUAGAUCAGUAAUUCUGCAGGUGGACCUCAAUAAUCAGUACAAAAAAAUGUAUUCCCAACAGAACACAUCUGUUACCACACGACACUGUCUCUCUCCAGGACUCGGUUCUCCAAGUUCACACCUACAUUGUUUCAUGUACAGAUGGAACCCUCCGACCUAGUGUAGAACCCUUUAAAAUGAAACCCAUAAUGAUCCUUUGAGGUUAGUUCUUCCAGGGAUCUGUCCUGGGCAAGAUUGAGGCCUUCUAGCCACAACUCUUAUAAACCAAUUAACUCAGACUCAGCUCAGUCCUAGAUUAUAAGGCAUUCCUAUUGGAGUACCUCCACUAGAAGAACUUCUUAGUCCAGGACUAGACUUAAUCUGGGCCCAGUACAGCCCUACAAUUUUGAGAAACAGAUCGCCCUUUAUUAUGUCUGCUAGUGAUGAAGGUUUGAAGUGGAUAAAGGGGAAGUUCACGGAGUGAAAACCUAAAGAUGAAGUUCAACGGUUGUAAGUUCUUCCCUGAGCACCAGUCUGUUCAUUGUCCUUAUAAUGGCUGUCCUGACAAUGAAGUGCUGCUGUGGAGCACCACUGAUCUGUUGGCUGGAUUCACAACAUGUAACUCUGUUGUCACAGACUCUGAUUAAGUCUAGUCAAGCACAAAAAACAUCACGAUCCUUGACAAUGCUUAAUCAGGGUUUGCGAAACAGGCACAUAAAUACUGUUAUAAUACAUAGCUAGAAGUUAUAUUGUGUAUAAAUAAUAAAGGUUCUAUUUUAUUAAGACUAACCAUGAGUUCUCAGUCCUAACACCAAGAAGAUAAAAUGGGUCUGGAACCUUUUGGUGGGUUCUGGGGCAGAACUUAUAGUUGUAAAACCACAGAUUGCUCCUGUUUCAGAAUUCAAGUGGUUCUACAGAGAGGUCUUUCUGCGUCUAUUUGUGUUCUGCUUCUUGUCUGUUCAUAGUAAGAAUUGUCAAACAUUUCCCAACUUUCCCGCCUGUAUAGCAUGUGAAUAAAACACUUCUUGUCUUCACGAUGAA